AAUUGUUGACGUGUCUUGUAAGUGUAUCCCUGCUAAAGUCGGCCAGCUAAAUUUAAUUUCGCUCGCGUCGAAAAAUGUGAAAUCCCGAGGUCAUGAUUCUGUCACGCUCGAUCACCAGGAUAUCCCAGCUAACUACCUUGGCUCUGAUACAACUGACAGUGUUCUGCUUCGUCCUCAUCUUCGUCGCCAGCGAUGGAGGCCCUAACCUCACUGCAGUUGUUAUUAAUCCAACAAACGCAACUACGCCCGAGAUCAGCAAGGAUGCGAUCCAAGAAAUCCCAAAAAAUUCGAAUACGAAUGUCUCGAACGCCAAGGAGCAGCCUGCGGUGAUUAAGCAGCAGCCAGAUGCUAGUGCACCUCCAGUAAACACCAAUGAGCAGCCUGUGGUGGUGCAGCAGCAGAGUCAACCAGAUGACAGUGCAACUUUGGUAGUGUCUUCGACCUCGUCGUCCACUACCAGCAUUUCAACGACCGAAGAUGCGGGUAAAGUUCAGUCUUCAUCAACAACUACUGCAACAACAACGUCAGAGUCCACGAGUACCUCCUCGACGACUUUGUCUACAACUGUGGCCACUUCCUCGACAACUUCGUCUACAACUGUGAGUACUACAGAUACCAGUACCGUGAGUACUACGAGUACAAUGGCUCCGACUACGAAGACAACGACGACACUGAGUCCUACUAGCAGCACCUAUAACGAGUACAGCAGCUUGCCCGGUCCAGUGGUCACUGGGACCAACAGUGUCGAUGUGGAAAACGAGACUACCUCUAGCAGCAGCACCACCACCACCACCACCACCACCACGGUUGCUCCUGUAGAGCCAGUCUUGCCAGCUAAGGGCUCUGCGGAGGAGGAACACAACAGCUCUAUGUCAAUAUUCUUCGUCCUGUGCGUGCUAGCACUGGGUAUUCUUCUCAUACACCUAAUGCUGCAGACAAAUUUUCAAUACUUGCCAGAGUCUGUGGUCAUUGUAUUCCUGGGUGCUGCCAUCGGAAUGUUCAUAAAUUUCGUUGCCCACAAGAAUAUCGCCAAUUGGAAGAAGGAGGAGGCUUUCUCGCCCACCGCGUUUUUCUUGGUGCUCUUGCCGCCCAUUAUAUUCGAGUCCGGAUACAAUUUGCACAAGGGCAACUUUUUCCAGAACAUAGGAAGUAUUAUGGUCUUUGCCAUAUUUGGCACGGCUAUUUCUGCUCUGGUCAUUGGAGCCGGAAUUUACUUGCUAGGAUUAGCCCAGGUAGUUUAUAGGCUUAGUUUUGUUGAGAGUUUUGCCUUUGGAUCGCUCAUUUCGGCGGUCGAUCCUGUUGCAACGGUAGCUAUUUUUCACGCACUUGAUGUUGAUCCCGUCCUGAAUAUGUUGGUGUUUGGAGAGUCAAUAUUAAACGAUGCUGUAGCUAUAGUAUUAACCACUUCUGUUUUGGGAUCAAAUAGUGCUGCUACCAUUGGAGAGGCUAUUAUCUUAUCUCUUCAAAAAUUCUGUUUGAUGUUCUUUGCAUCAGCCGGAAUAGGAGUUGUCUUUGCACUUAUGAGUGCUUUGUUGUUGAAACAUAUUGAUCUUAGAAAAAAUCCAUCCUUAGAAUUUGGGCUUAUGCUGGUUUUCACUUAUGCACCGUAUGUCUUAGCUGAAGGAAUACAACUUUCAGGAAUCAUGGCAAUACUCUUCAACGGAAUCGUAAUGUCGCACUAUACUCAUUUUAAUCUAUCAACUGUUACGCAGAUAACAAUGCAACAAACAAUGAGAACCUUAGCCUUCAUUGCAGAAACAUGUGUGUUUGCUUAUUUAGGAUUAGCGCUAUUUAGUUUUAGACACAGGUUUGAACCAGCACUAGUCAUUUGGUCCAUCAUACUGUGCCUUGCGGGAAGAGCAGCUAAUAUCUUCCCUUUAGCUAUUCUUGUCAAUCGAUUCCGUGAACAUCAGAUAACUAGAAAAAUGAUGUUCAUAAUGUGGUUCAGUGGACUGAGAGGAGCCAUUUCCUAUGCUCUGUCACUUCAUUUGGACUUUAGUGAAGAAACGCGACACGUCAUAAUAACGACUACUCUCAUAAUCGUACUUUUUACUACACUCAUUUUUGGAGGAUCCACUAUGCCGCUACUGAAAUUUAUGCGAGCCGAGAAAAAGCAACGAAGUAGCAGACGCAGGAGGAAAGAGAAAGGAGUUUCACUUAGUAAAACUAGAGAAUGGGGUCAAGCCAUUGAUUCCGAACAUUUGUCGGAACUGACGGAAGAGGAAAUGGAAGUUUCGUUUCUACAAUCGCGGAUUCGCGGUUUUGCUCGCUGGGACCUGAAGUUUUUCAUUCCCUUUUUUACGCGUCGAUUUACACAGCAGGAGCUCAAGGAUUGCAAAUCACAGAUGACCGAUUUAACAAAUCAAUGGUACCAGGCGAUUCGCAUCAGUCCUAUUGAAUCAGAUGACGAAGCGACAAUUAUGUCUUCAAUGCAAAUCCACAGUGGUGACAAUAUUUUUUCAGAUAACCAAAAAGAAUUACAAGAAAUGAAAUCUAAAGACCGUCCUAGUCAUGGCUCUAUAUUGAGUAUUUAGUACUUAAAUAAAUCAUUUCACAAACUCUCUGAAUAAAACAAUACAGAUUGCGAUUGCUUGCACAAGUGCCAAAAAUAGUAAAGCAUUGGUUUUUUGAAGGUUUUCUUUUCAUUUAAGAACAUUACAGUACACUUGCUCGCACAUUAUUUUUUUAUAGAGAGUUUUAAUAGAAGUGUGCCUACUUUUAUGAAGCUGUGUUACUUUAUAAUUUAAGUAUUACAAAAAAAAAAAAAUGUGAUUUUCUAGACAAUGAGUAUUCAUUACGUUUGUUGCUGAGCUUACAAACUUGAAUUAAUUAUACUGAUAUCACUAUUAGCUAUAGAAUAUUAGAUAAUUGAAAUUAUUCCAUUAAGUUUAAGUCAUGGGUAUUUCUCACAUAGAUGUUCAAGCUGUAUAUCUUUAAUUAAAGUCUCGUACCUACCACUAGUAUUGUGAUAAACUAAUUUUCAAUAUAUUUAUAAUUGUUUAUAGUUGAAAAAUAGAUUUUUUUUCAAUGCUCUGUCAAAUGUCUUAAUCACAAAAAAUACGCGCAAGCCUUGUACAUGUAAAUGAACAUUAAAUAUACAUUUACCGAUCAUUCAUGUAUGAAUACGUAAAAUACGAUUCUACCAAGGCAAAGAAAAGUAACUGUUUGAUUUCAAUUUCGCCGAAAAAAAAAGUUAUUGUAUGUCUUGCUAAGCCUUAUUAUAUACAUUUGAAAAAUAAACGUCUUAUUGUAA